AUGCAACCAAACUUAGUGUCAUUCUGCUUAAGUUCGACCUACGACGUUCUUCCGUCCCCAGGUAAUUUAAAGCGUUGGCGGAUAUGCACUGAAGCCUCUUGUUUUUUAUGUGAAAAAAAAUUGUGCAAUACAGCUCACAUCCUAGGUGCCUGCAAAACUGCUCUUGCGCAAGGUGGAUUUACAUUCCGCCACGAUUCUGUUUUAAAAGAAAUUGUGGAGUUGCUCACUACUUUUUGUAAGUCCAUCACGUCACCUGUAAAACAGCUAAAUAGCAUUAAGUUUGUUAAAGCUGGUGCCCACACUCAUGGUAAAAAGUCUAAACUUACAAGUCUUUUACAUCUCGCCUGCGAUUGGAUGAUUAUGUCUGACUUAAAGGACGGAUUUGUUUUCCCUGGGCAUAUUGCUUUAACACCACUCAGGCCAGAUCUCGUUAUCUAUACCAACAACAGGAAGCAUGUGAUUGUGAUAGAGCUUACCUGUCCAUGCGAGGAAAAUAUGGAAACUUGGCAUUCAACUAAGAUGUCCAAAUACAAUCCUCUGGUGAACAUCAUCAAACAAAACGGUUGGCAUAUAGAUCUUUUUGCCAUCGAGGUAGGUGCAAGAGGCUACUGCUCUCGAUCUGUUUCUUCGUGUUUGAAAAGACUGGGAUUGGACCGCAAAAAAACUUUUCAAGCUGCUCGUCAACUUGGUGACAUGUGCAUGAAAGCUUCUUUCUGUAUUUGGGUCGCUAGAAAUACAAAGGUAUGGAAUGAACACAGCCACAUCCCUAUUUCAACCAGCUGUUCCAUACCCACUCCUCUAAUGCCAAAGGCCAAACAACCAACAGUCACCAAGCCCAAUAGACCUGUUAAAGCAGGCCCAGACCCACCUACCCACAGCAAAGUAAUUCACGCAGGAUUAAUAAAUAAAGGAAACACCUGUGACGCCACUUCUAUCCUGCAAGCAUUAACUGCAAUCCCAUCAUUUUGA